CUCCAUUGAUAGCGACGAUAAACAACCACUUUACACAAGACGAAGCACGAUCGCCAGCACAAGUGCUCCCUCCAGUUUGCGCUCUACAUCUGAGCCAACAGCCCCGUCUUCUGGGAGGAAUAGAAGACGUUCUAGUGUUGUCUCCAGCUUACUGUUGGUAAUCCACAAGGCAAUGAGUAUUAAGAAGAGUUUUCGGGAGAAGAGAGGUUCUCGGGAGCUGAGGUCACCUCCUGUGAACCAAGAUAUUGCAUGCCGGGGAGAAGACUUGGAUACGGAUGUGCGCAGUCCCUCCUUGUCCCUCGAUCUACCGUCGUAUAUAUCGCAGGAUAAGUCAGAGAUAGAGUACAUCCGGCGGAAGAACAUGGACGCAUUCCUAGGCAGCAAUUCUGAUAUAUCAUUUUUGGAUGCUUGCGGUGAUGAGUACGGGGUGCCGUUGGUGGGCAUUGGUGAAAAGUUAAAGCAGGGCCGAGACCACGACCACCAACCUACACCAGUACACUCGAGUGAUGUUUCUACACUUGGCCCAGCUCCUAGCAGCUUAUUGGACGAUGCUACCAUGGAGGACUAUCAAUCGAAACUCUCCAAUGUCCUUACUGCGAGAUCCGUAAUUACACAACCAAUGUCACCAGACGAGUCGCGAACAUUUAUGGUAUCUAGUACUGUAGAUACAGCAAGCAAAACAAGCGAACAGAGUCAGAGUCAGAAGGGUGUCCCACAACAUCUCAGAGGACCACGCCAACCACCAUCACGGUGCAAUCUAUGAAUCCAGCCAGUAUUUCCGAUUCUAAGACAUCCAUCCCAGCUGGUGAAUGUUACCACCUCUACGAAUCUCCCAGCACCCGAACGUACAUGAAGCAACGAAAGUUGCGAGCCAGAGUAUUCUCCAAACUUACGGAAAGUCCAAAGAAUUGGGAAUUGUGGACUUUUACACCUGAGGACAUGAGAGAAGUCCAGGAACGGAUGACUUUCGAGCUAAAAAAUAGACUGCGCGAAGAAUUGGAGCACACUGCCAAAAAAAAAGGAAACGGAAGGUCUGUCGCGAUGAUUCUUGUAUAUACGAAGAUAGGGCGGAACCUCGGCGACGGAUGAAGUUAAGAAGAUUACGAGUUACUCCCUCUUCUGAGGAAGACAAGUUUCCGGAUAAAUGCUACGGAUCUUUGGAAGAAGCUCUGGAUCAUCAUCCCGAGUUCAAGAUGUGGGAAGGCUGAGGUGUAGGAUUACAGAACCAAGGUCACUAGCACGGCAAUUUGUAGUACUCUAGCUUAGUACUCUAAGUACGCGACAGGAGGCUCUUGAAACUAGAUUUCUGCUGAAGCAAUAUGAGAAAUUGAAUAAAAUGAAACCUGAAAGUUUCUGAACG